AUUUUUAUUCGGGGUUUUGGGUAUGUGUGUGUGUGUCUCUGAGUUUGUUCGUCCGAGUCAGAUUUGGUGCACGUGGUUUCACUUUAGGGUUGGGGGAUACCAUCGCUACUACCUCCACCGCAGGGCGGAGCAAGAUCCCCUUCGUCUCCGCUCCUUUCCCUUCCACGUUCACGCUCGCGCCCACACCCGCGCCCACGCCAAUUCCUGUCGAACAGUAUUUUUUGAAAGUUGUCAAGGUGCAAUGUGAGUCGAUGUAGUCAGGGCUGCAGCAGCGGUGGCGCUUUUCGGAUCUUUUUAUUUUUUUAUUAUUUAUUAUUUUUUAUUACUUAUUAAUUUUCUUCGCUGAGGAUCGGUUGCGAACACUUGGGACUGUUUCUGCGUUGUGCGCGAUGUUGGAACCUGGAAAGAACAAGGAGACAGUAGGUAACGUGGCUAUUGGUGUCCAAGUCUGGGUGGAAGAUGCUGAAUCUCGCUGGGUGAAAGGAGAGGUCAUUGAGAUUAAUAACAACAAAGUUAAGGUCACAUCAAACUUAUCAAACGUUCUUCCCACGGAGCCAAAUGUAGAACCUGGAGGGGUGGAUGAUAUGACGAAGUUGACUUAUUUUCAUGAGUCAGCAGUAUUGUACAUUCUUGCGAAGAGAUAUGAGCUUGGUAAAUUUUAUACAAAGUCGGGAAACAUUUUGAUUUCGGUUAAUCCUUUUGUGAACCUUCCGCAUUUGUACAAUAACCACACGAUGGAGCAAUAUAGAGGGGUGUCGUCUGGAGAGCUUAGCCCUCAUGUGUUUUCGGUGGCAGAUGCAUCAUACAGAGCGUUGGUUACUGAAGAAAGAAGCCAGUCCAUACUGGUGAGUGGAGAAAGUGGAGCUGGAAAGUCGGAGACAACAAGGCUGCUUCUGCAAUAUUUGGUUUACAUGGGUGAUCGAGAGGAUAGUGGUGGAAGAAAUUUGGAGCAUAAAGUUGUUGAGUCUAUUUCACUUCUUGAAGCAUUUGGUAACGCCAAGAUAAAAGACAAUGACAACUCAAGUCGAUUCUGUAAGUAUGUGAAGAUACAAUACGAUAGGAACGGUCGAAUAUCAGGUGCUGCUGUGUGUACGUACUUGCUCGAGAGGUCGCGAGUUGUGCGGAUUGCAGAUUCGGAACGAAAUUUCCAUUGCUUUUACCAGUUGUGCGCGUCACUAGAGGAACGUGAAAAAUAUAAGCUGGGGAAUGCAAGAAGUUUUCAUUGCUUGAAUCAAAGUGAAUGUUAUGAGUUGGAUGGUGUGAACGAUUACCAAAAAUAUAUUCAAACGCGUAGGUCCAUGGAUGUUCUGGGUGUUAACCCGGAUGAGCAGGAAGCUGUUUUCAGAAUACUUGCAUCCGUGUUGCAUCUGGGAAAUAUUGAAUUCGAUGCGGAACCAGAUACAGAAUCAUUAAAAUUUAAAGAUGGAAAGUCCAGAUAUCACUUUGAAGUUGCUGCAGACCUGCUACGAUGUGAAUCAAAGGGGCUGUUGGACUUGUUGGUUACUCAAAAACAGGAUGACAACAUCACAUUGAAUUUGAAUGUGGAGCAAGCCACUUUGAGCCGCGAUACUCUGGUGAAGACGAUCUACUCUCGUUUGUUUGGCUGGUUGGUGGAAAAAGUUAACAGAUGCAUUGCCCAGGAUCAAGAUUCGUCAUUUUUUGUUGGUGUGUUGGAUAGUCCUGGUUUUGAAAGCUUCAACUACAACAGUUUUGAGCAAUUCUGCAUGAAUUGGGCGGAGGAGAAGCUUCAGCAGCAGUUUAACCAGAAUAUUUUUAAGGAGUACAUCCGAGAUGCCAGCAAGCCGAGCCCUAUUGAGUUCGUUGACAACCAAGAUGUUCUGGACCUUAUUGAAAAGCCAACAGGUAUUGUUGCUCAUCUCGAUGAAGCCUGUAUGUCUUUCAAGGCAACGAACGAGACUUUAACCACUAACCUUUUCCGGCAAUAUAUCAAGCACAAGCAAUUUAGCAAGCCGGAGCUUGCCAGCACUAAUUUUACAAUAAAACACUCUUUUGGUGAUGUUACGUAUGAAACUGAAAGGAUCCUGAUUGACAACAGGAGUAAUCUUAUUGAGCACCUAUCUUUGUUACGAUCAUCUACAUGCUCUUUUGUUUCUAGCUUCCUCCCCCGCUCUAGUGAUGAAGGCUUUAGGUCCUCAUGCGUAAUUUCCUCCAUUUCUACUGAAAUCAAGCAACAACUUCAAUCUUUAAUGGAUUCGAUGAACGGAACGGAAUUUCACUACAUCCGAUGUGUGAAGCCUAACAUUUUGAAAAAGCCUGGCUGCUUUGAGAACCAGGCUGUCAGAAGACAACUUCGGCGUGGGGGACUGUUGGAUGCAAUCAAAUGUGGGCAACUGACCGAACUUGAUAACAAGACACUUGAGAUUUCUAGUGACGCAGCAACUAAGGAUGGAAACCAAGACUUGAUUGGCAUGGAAAUGGAUGUGAUUAAAAUUCAGAAAUAUUGGCGGGGGACUCUUGCUCGUCAACAGUAUCUUAAGCUACAAACAGAUCACAUGCAGAAUCAAUUGAGGAAACAGACAAAAGCUGCUACUAUCAUUCAGGCUCGAUGGCGAGGAUACAAGUCGAGAUCUCAGUAUAACAAAGUGCGAAAGGGUGCGAUCACAUUUCAGUGUGCUUGGCGGGGCAGGGUUGCCAGGCGCGAACUGAGAAAGUUCAAAUCGGUUAGUCCAGGGGCACUUAAAUUGAUCUUGGAGUAUUGUCGGUUUCAUCGAGUCCCUGGGCGGUCUGACAAGGAACGCAAAGUCUUCGAUGAAAGGUUUGUGCGGCUAGACACUCGGAGAUUGUGCGAACUAACAUCCGCAGCAGAUAGUCUAGACAUGAAGCCGUUGGGUGACUUAACGAGUCGGGCCCUGGCACGCAUGAUUGAAGGGAAAACCCCUGAGCAAAUACGAGAAAUCUUUCACUUACCUGACGACUUGACGGAGGAGGAGAAGUUGGAACCUGUUAAAAUGAGCACAGAUGAUCCACGAAUUAGGUUAUUAAAUCGGCUCUAUGCUCGAAAACGGAAAGAGCUCCAGGAGAAGAAGCUGCUGAAAAAUAAUACCACGGACUCGACGAUCGAAAAGCAGGUUAAGGAUGAGCGUUCUGUAGAGGAAUUGGUUUCAUUUAUUGAUGGUGAAAGUAAGAACAACAAAGUUGGGAAGCCCAAAAAGAAAAAAAAUCGGCGUAAGAAGGGGCAGAGUGAUGAAAGUGCGGCAGUCACAUCCCGUCCCCAGACUGAAGUAGCCAACGAGGAUGAUGAAAAGCUUGAGAAUGAAAAAUUAGUGCGAGAAACAAGUAACCCACGAGUUAGGGGAACAAGUAGCACAAUCCUUGAACACUAUAACAGGCUGCUACGUGACCAGGACAAAGUGUUCGAGGAAGAAAAUUUUGAGGACGACGGUAUAGACCCAGCUUUGAAAGAGAUUGUUGACAGAGAGGUUGAGGAUUUUGCACGAAGAUUGAACUCGGACUGGUUGAAACGGCCUCUGGAGGUCCUCUCGCUGGCUUCUCCCAGCCAUGAGGGUGCUAAGGUUCUAAAUUCUGAUUUUGGUGAUAAGAGUCUUAAUAGCAUUCAUUUAGGGAACAGAAGUAAUGGGAAUUUUAUAUGCGAUUAUCCUGAAGAUAAUAGGAUUCUUCAACAACAAGCGAAACGUGACUGACGUGUAUCAUUAUGCAGGCUAGGUCUUUUUUUUCUUUUUUUUCUUUUUUUUCUUUUUUUUCUUUUUUUCAGAGAACGGAGCCUUGCGCCAUUGCCAGUUCUGUAGUUAACAGCUGCACAGCUGCAGGCACUGGAGCACGAGGGGAAAAAUGUCUAGGAAAUUGUUCAUUAUUUGUGACUAAAUUGGAUGUGCCUUUUUUAA